UGCUGAGUAGCGGUGAGCCAGCAUUCGCUCCCUCGCUUGUUUUGCCUCCAGCCGACCGAGAGACGAGCCUGAGAGUCCAGGAGAGAGGAAACUACAGCACCCACAAUCCUCUGCCUGCAGCCGGUCUGUUGCCUGGCCUGCAGCGAAGCCCCGUGGAACCCUGGGAGUCGCAGUCCUUGCUAACCGGUCGGUGGUGGAGGCAGAGAGAGAGAGAGGCUGACGUGCCAUGACAACUGCCAGAGAGAGAGAAAGAAACUGAGUCAUGUCUGCCGGCCUGGACGAUACAGACAGCGUGUUCGAUCUGAACGAGGUCCCAGAGACGGAGCUGCUGGAUAACAGCAUCCAGAAGGGCCGCGCCCAGCUGUCCGUCAGGGCCCGGCGGCAGCGGCCCUCCAGAUCACGGUACAGAGACAGCGUGAGCUCCACGGAGGGCGACGACAGUCUGGAGAGGAAGGCACGUCACUCUCCAGAUGAUGAAGGCGUGCCAUUGGCUGCCCCCCCGCGGGGGCGGUACCGUCAACUGACCAACACCACGUCUCAGGAGGCGCUGGUGACCCCCAGCAGCUCGCCCUCCAGGUCCUGCCCCCCCUCCGACUGCUCACGGGUCUACAUGAGGAGGAGUAGGAGGCCCGACAGUGAAGUGUUGGUUUCUGAUUCGAGUCGGGACACCAGUCCGAGUGAUCCCGGCAGUCCGGCCGUCGUCUUUGACAAGAAAACCAAGAGACGCUUCCUGGACCUCGGGGUGACUCUCAGGCGCUCCUACAUCCGGGUGAGGAAAGAUAAAUCCAACCGGCUCUCUGUGGGCAGCAGGGAGCCGUCUGAGAGUCCGUCCCGCUCCUCAGGGUCCUUCGUCCCCUUCUCCUGGUUCACUGAAGGACGGGGGUCGCUCUCCUCCUCCGAGACGCCCCCCACCUCCCCCAAAAUCCCCCCGCUGAGCUCCCCGAGACCUCGCAAGUCUCACUCGCAGGAGUCGGCUCUCAGCGAGGAGUUCUCUCCUCCUCACACCUCCUGCUCCACCCCCCCCCCUGUCGACUCCUCCAGGUCCUCACAUCCAUACCACACCCUGUCCCAGUCCUCGGACGAGCCCUUCGAGGAGCCGUCCUGUCUCGUGUCCUCCUGGACGACUCAGCAGGUUUGUCAUUGGCUGAGAGCACUGAACAUGGAGCAAUAUGUCCUAGAGUUCAGUGCGAGAGACGUGGACGGAGAGCAGCUGCUGCAGAUGGACAGCAACAAGCUGAAGGCUCUGGGCGUGCUCAGUUCCUCCGAUCGCAGCGCUCUGAAGCGUCGCAUCAAAGAUUUCCACUCUGCAGCCGAGAAGGAGAGAAAAGCUCUGAGACAGAAAGAGAAACAACGAAGAAGAGACAACGAGCAACACCGGAACUGACCUCCACACCGGUUGAUAUUGAAAAUUGUAAAUUUCCCCGUUAUGGGAGUAAUAAAGGAUUUCGGAUUUCUGAAUAUGUACGAAGACAAAGUUGAAAUGUUAUAAAGUAUGAAAAUUGACUGCUACGGUGGCCCCGAAGGACAAACGUCCAGAGAAAGUUUUUGAUGAAAUAAAUAAAAUUCAUCAUUUGAAAAAAACUGUAAAAUAUUUCACCUGAAAGUGACGAGCAGGUUAAGCCUCGCACUCUCUGGCGGGCCACGCCCUGAUACGUCGCCACUUGAACUUGUGUUUCCUGCAGAGCGGGAACAUUUGUUGUGUUGCAGACGUUUGUCAGCAGGACGAGCUGGUGAAGGAGAAGAAGAAGAAGAAGAAGGAGGAGAAGGAGAAGAAGAAGAAGAAGAGGAAGGAGGAGGAGAAGAAGGAGAAGGAGAAGGAGAAGAAGGAGGAGAAGAAGAAGAAGAGGGAAGGAGGAGAAGAAGGAGAAGAAGGAGGAGGAGAAGAGGAAGGAGAAGAAGGAGAAGAAGAAGGAGGAGAAGCAGCUGAUCUCAGGCCCUCCGCUCACUCAGAAACAACAACAAUGGCGACUCGUCGUGGAGAGAAAAAUAUUAAAUAUUGUGUCGACAUUUAAUGAAAAAGAAGUAAAGAAGAACUCAGACAUUCAGAUUAUUCUUUCAGCCGUCGUCCACUGUACUGACUGACCUUUGACCUCCACAAUAAAACAAAAGUUACGUCUGUAACUACGGUUCCAUUUCAUCCUUACUGACCACCAGAGGCAGUGCUUAACACUGGAUGACUUAUAACAACAGAGUCGAGAGGAAUCCCGAAUACCUACCUCAUAAAGGUGGCGCAAAGGGACUCUGCAGAAGAACCACGCCUAACAGAUAAGCGGUGGCUACAUUGACCCUGUAAAACCUGGAGAAUAUGCUCGGUGAUGCCCAUGUGGCCGCAGCACAUAUGUCCUCUAAGGGCACACCUCUCAGGGUUGCCCAUGAUGUGGAGACACUCCUGGUGGCGUGACACUUUACACUUUGUGGCAGAGAACGGUCAUUCGCCCUGUAUGCAUGGGAAAUUACAUCCACAAUCCAGUGGUACAGGCGCUGCUUCGAGAGAGCGUAGCCUUUCUUAGGACCACCGUAACAGAAAGAGUUGUUCUGUCUUAUGCAUGCGGUAUACAUAUGCGGUAUACUUGAUAUAAGCUCUGAGGGCUUGAACCGGUCACAAGAAUUUUGUCUCCUACGGUGGGGUCAAACUGUGCCAACUGGAUAGGCCGAUUCAGAUGUGAGCUUGCCAACACCUUAGGAAGGAACGCUGUAUUUGACCACAGCGUGACACCAGAGCCAUCAGAAUUCCACCUUAAACAUGAAUUGUUCACAGACAAGGUUUGUAGCUCCCCUACACACUUUGCUGAAAUGAUGGCAAGGAGAAAAACAGUCUUGGCCGACAGUCGUCUCAGCUCUGCCUGUUCCAAAGGUUCAAAGGGAGGCAAACAUAGAGUGUCCAAAACCAGGGGCAGGUCCCAUAUAGGAGCCCUUGGGGCCCUCGGGGGGCGCAACCUCAGAGCUCCCUUAAGCCUGUGGCUCUGUCGAAGCACUCUGAGAAGUGUUGUAAGAUCAGAGGAAGGGGUGGAAAGGCGUCUGGCUUACACGUCUGGCCACGUGUAAGCCAGAGCGUCCUGACCCAGAGGGCUGGUCUUCUCCGUCAGGGAGAACCAUAGGGGACAGUGGGUUGAAAGCUUCGAGGCAAAAAUAUCUCACUUUGCCCCGCCGAAGAGACCCCAGAUGUUGAGCCCCACCUCUGGAUGAAGCCGCCACUUCCCUGGUAGAUACAUUGCCCAUAGGCUGGUCAAGCAAGGGGCUGGUCACAUCAGAAAAGCCUGGGAUAUUUCUAGUGACCGACCGAACAAGCACACUCAGGUAUGGCAGGAAGUGCUUGAGCGCUAGGUGCACAGCCCGUAGCUCUAGCACAUUGAUGUGCUUUGUACGGUCGCGGGCAGACCACUGUCCCCGAGCCGUCCUGUUCUGUCACACCACCCCCAAUCAGGGAGGCUGGAAUCUGUGGUAACAGUCUCUCUGCGGGAAGGACAGAUAAGCCCUCUCCCUCCAUGGGGAUAGAGCAAAGAGGCAAUGGUGUGACACCCUGACCCUCCUGUGUCUGUGGCACUUGGCGUCAAAGUGGAGGCAGUUUAGCCAUCUCUGCAGGGGGCGCAGUGACAAUAAGCCUAAGGGAACGACAGCUGAGGCAGCUGGCAGUUUGACCAAGAGGCGGAGAAACAGAAUGUAGGGCAAAGACUGACGUCCUCGGAAGAGGGGCAGAAGUUUAAGGAUGUCGUCUACGCUUUGAGCUGAUGGACAGGUCCUCAUAGUGACUGUGUCCAGAGCGACACCAAUGAAGGUCAGGCUCUGAGAGGGAUUAGAAAAACGUUUCUCCAAGUUCACCUUGAGACCCAGCAGGGCCACGUGAGACAGAAGGAGAGCCGUGUCCCGGGUCGACUGAAACUGGGAUGGCGUACAACUAGUCGUUUAGGUACAGCAGAAUCUUUAUGCCCCGACACUGCAGAGGCAAGAGGGUUGCUGCGACACACCUGGUGAACACCCGUGGGGAGAGGGAGACCAAAUAGAAGCACCCUAAACUGAAAAUGACGUCCUUGGAAGGCAAAACGAAGAAACUGCCUGGGAUGAGGCACAAUAGGGAAUGGUCACUUUGAAUUGACCCGGCUGAAGACAGGGGGACGGCGUCGGAACUGAAGCUUGUACCCAUGGGUUAAGGUGGAAACCACCCAUGGGUGUGAAGCUUGAGCUUCCCAGUAGCUGAGCUGCUGCUGGGGGAAAAAAAACGACAGCCGGCCCCGAGGCCUCAAUCCCAGCCCCCUGGCUCCUGGGGACUCUGGGGGGGGCGAUGGAAAGAUCCCAACCCCCCACGGCUGCCCGGUGGGGGCGCGAGCAUAGCCGCGAUGGUAGUGGGCCGGCGCUGAGGCCCUGGUGCCUACUGGAGUGAACUGUUGGCUGGGGACAGCCUCGGGGGGGCAGCUAUGUGGAACCCCUAGGCCUGCCAGGAGGGAAGGCGCAUCCCUACAAUGACCCGAGAACUGCCGCCUGGUCUGCCUAGCCUGAACAGUUCGCUCUAGCCCAUGUAGGCCAGCUUAGCAGAACAGCUCUCCCGGUUCCACUGGGACCGAACGCAGGGUCCUUCUACAGACCUUUGACAAAGGUAACUGCGCCAGCCACACCUGGCGGCGAGUCUGAACCAAAGUGGAAAUCAGGCGUCCAUGUUCUCCUGACAUUAAGGCUAAUGCCUGUAGUGAAGCAUCACUGAGGCUGGUGGAGGAAGCGUCGAGAACAUCCUGCUGCAGGGAGGAUGAGAGGGUGAACAUGAGGUGAGAGAGGGAGUCUUGCCGAUACGGCCCAUAAGCCCUAGACAGUAGAUCAUCAGUGACCUGACAUUGGAGUCCAGGGCACCUGGCAUUCUGCCUCAGCUUCAUCAGGGGAAACUAUGAGGGAAGUGAUGGUAGGCUCAACAGCUGGCAUGUAGUCAAGGCCAAAUAUUCCCGCGUUCUGUAUGUCCGCCAGGGUUUGGCCGAAGGUGGCGGGUGCCAAAGUGCACCUGAAGAAAGUACUAGCAGGCGUCGAUUCUGACUGCUGUACAUCCAGCUGCAGGCAAGCCAACGCCAUGCGACUGACAGCCCCCACGGAACAGAUUUCUGCCUCCUCCAAGGAGCAAUAAGCCUAGGAACAGGAGCCAGGCCCGCUUCUGGAAGCACAGGAGGGCUCCUCUUCGUCGCACUCAUUAAUUGAGUGGCUGAAGCCAUCUAGACCCCAAUGCACCCCGAGACCUAAACAAACAAUACAACGCACCCCGAGACGUACACAAACAAUACAACGCACCCCGAGACGUAAACAAGCAAUGGAACUCACCCCGAGACGUAAACAUACAAUACAAUGUACCCCGAGACGUAAACAAACAAUACAACGCACCCGAGACGUAAACAUACAAUACAAUGUACCCCAAGACGUAAACAAACAAUACAACACACCCCGAGACGUAAACAAACAAUACAACGUACCCCGAGACGUAAACAAGCAAUGGAACUCAUCCCGAGACGUACACAAAUAGAACGCACCCCGAGACGUACACAAACAAUACAACGCACCCCGAGAGGUACACAAAUAGAACGCACCCCGAGACGUACACAAACAAUACAACGCACCCCGAGAUGUACACAAACAAUAGAACGCACCCCGAGACGUACACAAACAAUACAACGCACCCCGAGACGUAAACAAAAAAUACAACGCACCCGAGACGUAAACAUACAAUACAACGCACCCCGAGACGUAAACAAACAAUACAACGCACCCCGAGACGUAAACAAACAAUACAACGCACACCGAGACGUAAACAAACAAUACAACGCACCCCGAGACGUAAACAAACAAUACAACGCACCCCGAGACGUAAACAAACAAUACAAUGCACCCCGAGACGUAAACAAACAAUACAACGUACCCCGAGACGUAAACAUACAAUACAACGCACCCCGAGACGUAAACAAACAAUACAACGUACCCCGAGACGUAAACAAACAAUACAACGUACCCCGAGACGUAAACAAACAAUACAACGCACCCUGAGACGUAAACAAACAAUACAACGCACCCGAGACG